CCAUUGCAAUAUAAACUCAGCAAAAAAAGAAACGUCCCUUUUUCAGGACACUGUAUUUUAAAGAUAAUUUUGUAAAAAUCCAAAUAACUUUACAGAUCUUUAUUGUAAAGGGUUUAAACAAUGUUUUCCAUGCUUGUUCAAUUAAUGAACGUGCACCUGUGGAACGGUCAUUAAGACACUAACAGCUUACAGAUGGUAGGCAAGUAAAGUCACAGUUAUAAAAACUUAGGACACUAAAGAGACCUUUCUACUGACUCUGAAAAACACGAAAAGAAAGAUGCCCAGGGUCCCUGCUCAUCUGCAUGAACGUGCCUUAGGCAUGCUGCAUGGAGGCAUGAGGACUGCAGAUGUGGCCAGGGCAAUAAAUUGCAAUGUCCGUACUGUGAGAUGCCCAAGACAGCGCUACAGGGAGACAGGAAGGACAGCUGAUCGUCCUCGCAGUGGCAGACCAUGUGUAACAACACCUGCACAGGAUCAGUUCAUCCAAAUAUCACACCUGCGGGACAACAAGGAUGGCAACAACAACUGCCUGCGUUACACCAGGAAUGCCCAAUCCCUCCAUCAGCGCUCAGACUGUCCACAAUAGGCUGAGAGAGGCUGGACUGAGGGCUUGUAGGCCUGUUGUAAGGCAGGUCCUUACCAGACGUCACCGGCAACAACGUCACCUAUGGGCACAAACCCACAUUCGCUGGACCAGACAGGACUGGCAAAAAGUGCUCUUCACUGAUGAGUUGCAGUUUUGUCUCACCAGAGGUGAUGGUCGGACUCGUGUUUAUCGUCGAAGCAAUGAGCGUUACACAGAGGCCUGUACUAUGGAGCGGAAGCGAUUUGGAGGUGGAGGGUCCAUCAUGGUCUGGAGCGGAGUGUCACAGCAUCAUCGGACUGAGCUUGUCAUUGCAGGCAAUCUCAAUGCUGUGCGUUAACGGGAAGACAUCCUCCUCCCUCAUGUGGUACCCUUCCUGCAGGCUCAUCCUUACAUGACCCUCCAUGACAAUGCCACCAGCCAUACUGCUCAUUCUGGGCGUGAUUUCCUGCAAGACAGGAAUUUCAGUGUUCUGCCAUGGCCAGCGAAGAGCCCGGAUCUCAGUCCCAUUGAGCACGCCUGGGAACUGUUAGAUCGGAGGGUGAGGGCUAGGGCCAUUCCCCCCAGAAAUGUCCGGGAACUUGCAAGUGCCUUGGUGGAAGAGUGGGGUAACAUCUCACAGCCAGAACUGGCAAAUCUGGUGCAGUCCAUGAGGAGGAGAUGCACUGCAGUACUUAAUGCAGCUGGUGGCCACACCAGGGUAGGGUUGCACCAGCUGUGCGUAAGUUCUCACGUAAGUUAGGACGUAAAGUUCACACUAAGGGCUUAUUAACUGCUAGUUAGUUUGUAACUAAGUCAGUGCUUAAUUUGGUUGCACCACCUGUUCUUAAGGCAAGAGUUAACUAGUAAGUCGUAAGCUCUCCAUAAAGUAAGGCUUAGUCGCAUAUUAUGACGUUUACCAGUAUUUAUCCAAUAAGCAGCCUUCAAAUUUAUACACAGAAGUGUUAAAAAGCCGUGAACUUCAAUCUGAUCUUGUUACGGUUGAUGUUCAGCACUUGUUUGCUCACGUAACUGUCAGCUGUAAUAAAUUAUAUCCCCAUUAUAUGAUACCUAAUAAAAGUACAUUUGAUAAAUAUAUUUGCCCUGUGUAAAUAAUAUUAUAGGAACUGUAUCUUAAAUAAAUGAGGGGUGAUAAAUACUAAUACAACAGGCUGGAAAAAUAGACAUUCAUUCAUUUUAAUAUCCUGUAUAUAUUUUGAAUGUGUUGAAACUUGACACCGGGCGACACACCCUGAAAACUGCAGCAUUAGAUCGGUUUCAUGCUGAAGAGCCGCUUAAAAGUUAGGUGUGAUGGUUAGAUUGGACCUUGGUGAUGUAGUCCUCCGACGGAUGCAGGAGAAGGACGUUGAAGCUGUGAAGGCUCUUAUCAAGGAGGGAUGUGAGGGAACAGAGAACCGCCUGAUUCUUCACCUUCUUACCCGUCCGCUCACUCUUCUCAUGCUUGCAACUCUCUCCUCCAUCCUCCGCUGUGUGCUUCACUCCUUUAUCAUGGCCUUGGUCAUUCCAGUCUUCAUUCUCAUCAUCUACCUCAAACUCACCAUCCCACAAUCGGUGGGCAUCCUGGGCUCCAGCAGGCCAUACUGGGACUAUGUGGCCAGCAGUUACCAUGCAGACAUUGAGCCAGACCUACCCAAUCCUCACUCAGGCAGAGUCAAACUGAUCCCCAACCAAGAGAAAACCAGACGGCGUAAAAAAGCCAAAGAGAAGGAGAAGGAGAAUGAGAAAACAAAUGAGAGAGAGCAGGUGGAUGAGGAUGAGCUUAAGGAGAGGGCGAGGGUUGCUGGAGAAGUGUGGGUGGCAGACUCUGAUGGGGAGAUUAUAGGGUGUGUGGCUAGAGAUGGUAGGAGUCGGGAUGGUGUAGGUCGGAUCUGCAGGCUGGUGGUUCAAAGCUGGUACCGCAGAGAGGGACUGGGCAGAUUGAUGGCGCAGGGCUUGGAAUCUAAAGUAAAGCAGAGUGGAAUAUGCCGGGUCUAUGCCCACGUGCCCUAUCCUUCCAAAGUGGGAGAGGCUUUCUUCAGGAAGCUGGGCUAUCGUCUGCAGGGUGAGACUGCAGGGACUGAGGGAGAGGAAGAUGAUGACUGUGAAGAGCCAGAGAAAGGUUGGCUGGGGUUCCCUUUAACAAAAGUGUUUGUUAAGGAUCUGUAAGUGUCAAUCUUUCCAGUGAAUUAUAGACCACAGCCAUAAACUCAGAGAACACCUCUCGCUUUGCUACUAUACAUGUUAUCUUCUAUGAUUGUUUAUAUUUACAAAUCAUAAAUAUGUAAAUCAUAAAAAUUAUAUUGUUCUGCAAGAAUGUUUUAAUAUUGGUGAACAUUGCAUAUUUCAUCUCAGGGGUUCAGAGCCCUAGUCAUGAAGGUGUUAUUUAAGCUUCUGAAGGAGUGACUGAAAAAUGUAAUUGGUUUUAAAAAUUGGUUUCUGUUUACCUUAUUCACUUUAUUUUAUUGUGUGGUAUUUAUAAUAUAGUGAAUUUUAGCUAUAUUCCCUUCUGAGAACUUUUUGUAUGUUUCCCUUGAGUGUUGAAGAAUAAGCGCAAAGCUUUUGUAAAGUAUAAAUAAAAGUUAUGCUCCAGAG